GUUCUGAACGAGGAAGUUAACAGCACUCACCUUGGCUCAGUGUCUGCGUGUGUUGUUAUAUUUCCACAAAUACUACAAAGUUCAUGGCUGAAAGUUGAAUGAAGGUGUGGACUCUGCUAUGAGUCAGUGCGAGGACAGAGAGGAGGGAGUCCCUCCCUCUAAAACCACUCUGUGGGGGGAACAUGACAGCCAGACCAAAGCUCAGAGCCCAGGGAAGCAGCACAGACCUGUACCAGGACCUAGAACUGAACCUGAAUCUGGACCCAGACCUGGACCUGGACCCAGCUGUGUGUCCUUCAAGAGUGACGAGUCUAUGGGUGAACCUCUAGUCUUCAAAGAUGGACACCGCUCUGUUGAUCAAAGGAGGAAUCUGGAAGAAGCUAAACCCAGCUGUGUGUCCAUGAAGAGUGACCUGUCUAUGGGACUUCCUUAUAACUUCAAAGAUGGACGCUACUCUGUUGAUCAAAGAGUGGACCAGGAGAGCUCAGGGUUUCCCAGUGGUCAGUCUGCCCAGCAGCAUCAAACACACCUGGACUCCAUAUUUAUGCUGCUGGAGGAGGACAUCGGCAAUUUUGUGAAGAACGAGCUGAAGAAGAUCAAGAAGCUUCUGAGUCCAGAUUACCCGCAAUGCUUAGAGGGUCACAGGGAGGAUGAGGAGGUGUUCGACAGUGAGGAUGAAGAGCAAAGGAGCAGCAGCAGAGAGGCAUUUCGGAAGAUCACACUGCACUUCCUGAGGAGAAUGAAGCAGGAGGAGCUGGCUGACCGUCUGCAGAGCAGAAGUCCUACUGCAGUUUCUAAGCAUAAACUUAAAUCUAAGCUGCAGAGGAAGUUCCAGUGUGUGUUUGAAGGGAUUGCUAAAGCAGGAAACCCAACCCUUCUGAAUCAGAUGUUCACAGAGAUCUACAUCAUAGAGGGAGGGACUGCAGAGGUCAGUGAAGAACAUGAGGUCAAGCAGAUUGAAACAACAUCUAGGAAACCAGACAGACCAGAAACAAGAAUCAGACAAGAAGACAUCUUUAAACCCCCAUCUGGAAGAGAUGAACCAAUCAGAACCGUGAUGACAAAUGGAGUGGCUGGCAUCGGGAAAACAGUCUUAUCACAGAAGUUCACUCUGGACUGGGCUGAAGACAAAGCCAACCAGGACAUCCAGUUCACAUUUCCAUUCACUUUCAGAGAGCUGAAUGUGCUGAAAGAGGAAAAGUACAGCUUGGUGGAACUUGUUGAUCGCUUCUUUAGUGAAACCAAAGAAGCAGGAAUCUGCAGGUUUGAAGAGGUUGUGUUCAUCUUUGACGGUCUGGAUGAGUGUCGACUUCCUCUGGACUUCCACAACACUGAGAUCCUGACUGAUGUUACAGAGUCCACCUCAGUGGGUGUGCUGCUGACAAACCUAAUCAGGGGGAAACUGCUUCCCUCUGCUCGCCUCUGGAUAACCACACGACCUGCAGCAGCCAAUCAGAUCCCUCCUGAGUGUGUUGACAUGGUAACAGAGGUCAGAGGGUUUAUUGACCCACAGAAGGAGGAGUACUUCAGGAAGAGAUUCAGAGAUGAGGAGCAGGCCAGCAGAAUCAUCUCCCACAUCAAGACAUCACGAAGCCUCCACAUAAUGUGCCACAUCCCAGUCUUCUGCUGGAUCACUGCUACAGUUCUGGAGGACGUGUUGAAGACUAGAGAGGGAGGAGAGCUGCCCAAGACCCUGACUGAGAUGUACAUCCACUUCCUGGUGGUUCAGUCCAAAGUCAAGAACAUCAAGUAUGAUGGUGGAGCUGAGACAGAUCCACACUGGAGUCCAGAGAGCAGGAAGAUGAUUGAGUCUCUGGGAAAACUGGCUUUUGAGCAGCUGCAGAAAGGCAACUUGAUCUUCUAUGAAUCAGACCUGACAGAGUGUAGCAUUGAUAUCAGAGCAGCCUCAGUGUACUCAGGAGUGUUCACUCAGAUCUUUAAAGAGGAGAGAGGACUGUACCAGGACAAGGUGUUCUGCUUCAUUCAUCUUAGUGUUCAGGAGUUUCUGGCUGCUCUUCAUGUCCAUCUGACAUUCAUCAACUCUGGAGUCAACCUGCUGGCAGAAGAACAAACAAGCAUCUGGUGGUCUGAAGUGUUCAGAGACAAAUCAACAUGUUUCUACCAGAGUGCUGUGGACAAGGCCUUACAGAGUCCAAAUGGACACCUGGACUUGUUCCUUCGCUUCCUCCUGGGUCUUUCUCUGCAGACCAAUCAGACUCUCCUACGAGGUCUGCUGACACAGACAGGAAGUAGCUCACAGACCAAUCAGAAAACAGUUGAGUACAUCAAGAAGAAGAUCAGUGAAAAUGUGUCUGCAGAGAGAAGCAUCAAUCUGUUCCACUGUCUGAAUGAACUGAAUGAUAGUUCUCUAGUGGAGGAGAUCCAACAGUCCCUGAGUUCAGGAAGUCUCUCCACAGAUAAACUGUCUGCUGCUCAGUGGUCAGCUCUAGUCUUCAUCUUACUGUCAUCAGAAAAAGAUCUGGAUGUGUUUGACCUGAAGAAAUACUCUGCUUCAGAGGAGGCGCUUUUGAGGCUGCUGCCAGUGGUCAAAGCCUCCAACAAAGCUCUACUAAGUGGCUGUAACCUGUCAGAGAGAAGCUGGGAAGCUCUGUCCUCAGUUCUCAGCUCCCAGUCCUCUAGUCUGAGAGAGCUGGACCUGAGUAACAACGACCUGCAGGAUUCAGGAGUGAAGCAGCUGUCGGCUGGACUGGAGAGUCCACACUGCACACUGGAAACUCUCAGACUGAGUGGCUGUAACCUGUCAGAGAGAAUCUGUGAAGCUCUAUCCUCAGUUCUCAGCUCCCAGUCCUCUAGUCUGAGAGAGCUGGACCUGAGUAACAACGAGCUGCAGGAUUUAGGAGUGAAGCAGCUGUCGGCUGGACUGAAGAGUCCACAAUGCAGACUGGAAACUCUCAGUCUGUCAGGCUGUCUGGUCUCAGAGGAAGGCUGUACUUCUCUGGCCUCAGCUCUGAAAUCCAACCCCUCCCAUCUGAGAGAACUGGACCUGAGCUACAAUCAUCCAGGAGACUCAGGAGUGAAGCUGCUGUCAGCUGGACUUAAGGAUCCAAACUGGAGACUGGACACUCUCAGGCUCAUUGGCUGUAAACUGUCAGAGAGAAGCUGUGAAGCUCUGUCAUCAGUUCUCAGCUCCGAGUCCUCUAGUCUGAGAGAGCUGGACCUGAGUAACAACGAACUGCAGGAUCCAGGAGUGAAGAGUUUUUCUGCUGGACUGAAGAGUCCACACUGCAGCUUGAAAAUUCUCAGGCUGAGUGGUUGUAAGCUGUCAGAGAUAAGCUGUGAAGAUCUGUCCUCAGUUCUCAGCUCCCAGUCCUCUAGUCUGAGAGCGCUGGACCUGAGUAACAAUGAGCUGCAGGAUUCAGGAGUGAAGCAGCUGUCAGCUGGACUGAAUAGUCCACACUGCAGACUGGAAACUCUCAGGCUAAGUGGCUGUAACCUGUCAGAGAGAAGCUGUGAAGCUCUGUCCUCAGUUCUCAGCUCCCAGUCCUCUAGUCUGAGAGAGCUGGACCUCAGUAACAACGAGCUGAAGGAUUCAGGUGUGAAGCAGCUGUCAGCUGGACUGAAUAGUCCACACUGUAAACUGGAAACUCUCAGGUUGAGUGGCUGUAACCUGUCAGAGAGAAGCUGUGAAGCUCUGUCCUCAGUUCUCCUCUCCAAGUCCUCUAGUCUGAGAGAGCUGGACCUGAGUAACAACAUCCUGCAGGAUUCAGGAGUGGAUCUUGUGUUAGCUGGACUGGAUAGUCCACACUGCAAACUGGAAACUCUCAGUCUGUCAGGCUGUCUGAUCUCGGAGGAGGGCUUUACUUCUCUGGCCUCAGCUCUGAGCUCCAACCCCUCCUAUCUGAGUGACCUUGACCUGAGCUACAAUCAUCCAGGAGACUCAGGAGUGGAGCUGCUGUCAGCUGGACUUAAGGAUCCAAACUGGAAACUGGACACUCUCAGGACGGACCAUGGUGGACCGCAGAGACUGAGACCUGGUGUGAGGAAGUAUGUCUGUGAACUGGAACUGGACACAAACACAGUAAACAGAAACCUCAAACUGUCUGACAACAGAAGGGUGACACAUGUGGAGGAGGAUCAGCCAUAUCCUGAUCAUCCAGACAGAUUUGACUACUGGCCUCAGCUACUGUGUAGAAAUGGUCUGAUUGGUCGCUGUUACUGGGAGGUUGAGAGGAGAGGAGCAGUUCAUAUAUCAGUGAGUUACAGAGGAAUCAGCAGGAGAGGUGGCAGUAAAGACUGUGUGUUUGGAUUGAAUGAUCAGUCCUGGAGUCUGUUCUGCUCUGAUGAUAAUGGUUACUCUGUCUGGCACAAUAACAGAGUAACAGCCCUCACUUCCUCCUCUGUCUCUAACAGAGUAGCAGUGUAUGUGGACUGUCCUGCUGGCACUCUGUCCUUCUACACAGUCUCCUCUGACUCACUGAUCCACCUCCACACCUGCAACACCACAUUCACUCAACCUCUUUAUCCUGGGUUUGGGGUUGGCCCUGGUUCCUCAGUGGCUCUGUGUUCUGUGCAGGUCUGAUAUACACUGUAUGAAGCUAGCUGAGUGAAUGUAAUGCUGAUUUAAGUUUUUGGAAUAUCUGUGUCCAUGUAUACAAGCUGUAAGAAAAGCUUCUUUGAUAACUGAUUUGUUUUGUAAUUAACUUUUAUAUUCAAGUAAAAACAACUGAGGCUUUGAGCCAAAGACUAAAAUAUUAAAGUCUGAAACUGA